UUGGGCUUCCUGCUCAGCGUUUACUUCCACUUUCCUGAACUUCGUGGCUGACUGUUGCUCUUCGUCUUCGUGUAAAGCUCCGUGUUAAGGACCUGAAGCGGACGGAGUUUUGGACCCAGAUUACUCCGCGAAGCUCCUCACCACGGCAGCCAUAAUGCUCUGACAUCAAACAUUUUUUUAACAGAUUUCUGCACGCCAAAAUCGGUUCAAGGUCAGUAAGCACAACCAGCUUUUUUCAAGGCUCCCAAAGCGCUUUACAAUGCCAUUAUUGAUUCACGCUCACAUUCAUACACUGGUGGAGGCAAGCUACGGUUGUAGCCACAGCUGCCCUGGGGCAGACUGACAGAGGCGAGGCGCCAUCGGCCCCUCUGGCCAACACCAGUAGGCGGUAGGGUAAAGUGUCUUGCCCAAGGACACAACGACCAGGACAGAAAGGCCAGGACAGAAAGGCCGGGGAUCGAACCGGCGACCUUCCGGUUACAGGUGCGCUUCCCAACCCCUCUACCUCUCAGACUGACUGAAGAUGAUGAUGGAGGAAGAGGAGGACAGAGCAGAGUCUGCAGGAUCCAGCUGUCCGUCUGUGAGGAGUGACCGGUCCAAAGGUCUACCUCCAGACUUCAGUGGUGAACCUGGACCAACGAGGGGUCAGAGGUCACAGUCUGCAGGGUCCAGCUGUCCGUCUGUGAGGAGCGACUGGUCCAAAGGUCGACCUCCACACCUCAGUUGUGAACCUGGACCAACGAGACAGUGCAUCUGCUCAUACUGGGACCAGUCUGCUUCAUCAGGAGACUCCUCCUGUCCCCAGUGUGGAGAAAGAUCCAGAAGCAGAGCUGGACUGCAGACAGCCAGUCAGAGCAGCUGUGUACAAACAGAUGUUGGUCUGCAGGAGGUUUUAGAGGAACAUAAGAUCAGUCUGAGGAGGAGAUGUGAACGUGUGACUGAAGGAAGUGAUGAAACAGGAAGUAGAACCCUCCUCAACAGGAUCUACACUGAGCUCUACAUCACAGAGGGACAGAGUGAAGAGGUUCAUACCCAACAUGAGGUGAGGCAGCUGGAGACAGCUUCCAAGAUGGACGCCCUCCAUGACGCUCCAAUCAGGUGCCAGGACAUCUUUAAAGCCUUACCUGACCAACAGAGACCCAUCAGAGUGGUUCUGACCAACGGCGUGGCUGGUGUUGGAAAAACCUUCUCAGUGCAGAAGUUCACUCUGGACUGGGCAGAGGGCUUGGAGAACCAACAUGUCAGUGUGGUGGUUCUGCUUUCAUUCAGGGAGCUGAACCUGAUCAGAGAUGAGCAGUACAGUCUUCUGGAGCUGCUCCAUGUUUUCCAUCCAACACUACAGAAGGUCACAGCAGAGAAGCUGGCUGUCUCUCAGCUUUUGUUCAUCUUUGACGGCCUGGAUGAAAGCAGACUUUCAUUGGAUUUCACCAACAGGAAGCUGCUGUCUGAUGUCACACAGAAGUCAUCAGUCAGCCAGCUGCUGACAAACCUCAUCCAGGGGAAUCUGCUUCCCUCGGCUCUCGUCUGGAUAACUUCCCGACCCGCAGCAGCCAAUCAGAUCCCUCCUACAUGUGUUGACAGGCUAACAGAAGUACGAGGUUUCACUGACGCCCAGAAGGAGGAGUACUUCAGGAGGAGAUUCAGUGAUGAAGAGCUGUCCAGCAGAAUCAUCUCCCACAUGAAGACAUGCAGGAGCCUCCACAUCAUGUGUAGCAUCCCAGUCUUCUGCUGGAUCACUGCUACAGUUCUGGAGCACAUGUUGACUACAGAGCAGAGAGGAGAGCUGCCCAAGACCCUGACUGACAUGUACUCACACUUCCUGCUGGUUCAGACAAAGAGGAAGAAGAACAAGUACCACGAGGGACAUGAGACGAGUCCACAGGAGCUGACGGAGGCUGACAGGGAAGUUCUUCUGAAGCUGGGGAGGCUGGCGUUUGAACAUCUGGAGAAAGGAAACAUCAUGUUCUACCAAGAAGACCUGGAGCAGUGUGGUCUGGAUGUGACAGAGGCCUCGGUGUACUCAGGAGUUUGUACAGAGAUCUUCAAAAGAGAGUGUGUGAUCUUCCAGAAACCAGUCUACUGCUUUGUUCAUCUGAGCAUUCAGGAGUUUCUGGCUGCUGUCUACAUGUUCCACUGUCACACCAACAGGAAGACAAAGGUGUUGGAGUCGUACCUCGGGAAAAACUAUUGGAAAUCAGGUCAGGAUGAUUUCCUGGAUGAUUUGCUUUAUGAUUUCCUGGAUGAAUCCUCUGUGGAUGAGUUGCUAAAGAGAGUCAUGAAGAAAUCCCUCCAGAGUAAAAAUGGCCACCUGGACCUGUUGGUUCGCUUCCUUCAUGGCCUCUGUCUGGAGUCCAACCAGAGACUCUUAGUUUGUCUGCUGGGUCAGACAGAGAUCAGACCAAAAACCAUCCAGAGAGUCAUCAACAACAUGAAGAACAUGAGCAGUGAUAAAUUCUCUCCUGACAGAAGCAUCAACAUCUUCCUCUGUCUGAUGGAGAUGAACGACCUCUCAGUACAUCAGGAGAUCCAAGAGUUCCUGAAGUCAGAGAACAGAUCAAAGAAGAAACUCUCUGAGAUCCACUGCUCAGCUCUGGCCUUCAUGCUGCAGAUGUCAGAGGAGGUUGUGGAUGAGUUGGACCUGCAGAAGUACAACACAUCAGAGCGGGGACGACGGAGACUGAUUCCAGCUGUGAGGAACUGCAGAAAGGCUCGACUGGAUGAGUGUGAACUCUCAGUGACUCACUUUGAAGUUGUGGCCUCAGCUCUGACGUCCAGCCCCUCCCAUCUGACAGAGCUGGACAUGAGUGGAAACGACAUGCAGGAUUCAGCAGUGAAGCUUCUGUGUGCUGGACUGGAGAGUCCUAACUGUCGACUGGAGACUCUGAGAUUGAGUUACUGUGAUUUGUCAAAGAUCAGCUGUGAUUAUCUGGCAGCAGCGCUGAAGUCCAACCCCCCCCAUCUGAGAGAGCUGGACCUGAGUAACAACUACCUGCAGGAUUCAGGAGUGAAGCAUCUGUGUGGUUUUCUGGAGAGUCCAGGAUGUAAACUUGAAACUCUGAGACUGAGUGGCUGUAACCUGUCAGAGAGAAGCUGUGAAGCUCUCUCCUCAGUCCUCACCUCCCAGUCCUCCAGUCUGAGAGAGUUGGACCUCAGUAACUCUGACCUGCAGGAUUCAGGAAUGAAGCUUCUGUGUGCUGGACUAAAGAGUUCACAGUGUGCAGUGGAAACUCUCAGACUGAGUCUCUGUAACCUUUCAGAGAGAGGUUGUGAAGCUCUGUCCUCAGUUCUCAGCUCUCAGUCCUCUAAUCUGAGAGAGCUUGACCUGAGUAACAAUGACCUGCAGGAUUCAGGCGUGAAGUUUCUGUCUGAAGGACUGAAGAAUCCACACUGUAAACUGGAAACUCUCAGACUGAGUGGCUGUAACCUCUCAGAGAAAAGCUGUGAUGCUCUUUCCUCAGUUCUCAACUCCCAGUCCUCUUGUCUGAAAGAGAUGGACCUAAGUAACAAUGACCUUCAGGAUUCAGGAGUGAAGUAUCUGUCUGCUGCACUACAGAGUCCACAUUGUACACUGGAAACUCUCAGAUUGAGGAGAUGUGGUUUGUCAGAGAUCAGCUGUGAUUAUCUGGCAGCAGCGCUCAAGUCCAACCCCUCGUAUCCCAGAGUGCUGGACCUGAGUGUAGACUACAACAACCUGCAGGAUUCAGGAGUGAAGCAGCUGUGUGUUUUUCUGGAGAAUCCACGAUUUCGAUUUGAAACUCUGAGACUGAGUCACUGUGACCUGUCAGAGAGAAGCUGUGAAGCUCUGUCCUCAGGUCUCAGCUCUCAGACUUCUAAUCUGAGACAGCUGGACCUCAGUAACAUUAACCUGAAGGAUUCAGGCGUAAAGCUUCUGUCUGAAGUACUGAAGAGUCCACACUGUACACUGGAAACUCUCAGUCUGUCAGGCUGUCUGAUCACAGAGGAAGGCUGUACUUCUCUGGCGUCAGCUCUGAGCUCCAACCCCUCCCAUCUGAGAGAGCUGGACCUGAGCUACAAUCAUCCAGGGGACUCAGGAAUAAAGCUGCUCUCGACUGGACUGAAGGAACCAUGCUGGAGACUGGACACUCUCAGGGUGGAGCCUGCUGGAGUCCGAUGGUUGAGACCAGGUCUGAGGAAAUAUUCCUGUCAACUCACAAUCGACGCAAACACAGUACACACAAACCUGCAACUGUCUGACAACAACAGGAAGGUGACACAAGUGGAGGAGGUUCAGUCAUAUCCUGAUCAUCCAGACAGAUUUGAUGGUUGGGAACAGCUGCUGUGUAGAAAUGGUCUGACUGGUCGCUGUUACUGGGAGGUCGAGUGGAGAGGAGACGUUUAUAUAUCAGUGAGUUACAGAAGAAUCAGAAGGAAAGGAGGCAGUUAUGACUGUGUGUUUGGAGGGAAUGAUCAGUCCUGGAGUCUGUGGUGCUCUGAUGAUGGUCCUCGUUAUGUCAGGCACAAUAACAGCUACACAUCCAUCUCCUCCUCCUCCUCCUCCUCCUCCUCUGUCUCUAACAGAGCAGCAGUGUAUGUGGACUGUCCUGCUGGCACUCUGUCCUUCUACAGAGUCUCCUCUGACACUCUGAUCCACCUCCACACCUUCAACACCACAUUCACUGAACCUCUUUAUCCUGGGUUUGCAGUCUGGUCUCCUGGUUCCUCAGUGUCCCUGUGCUGA